AUGAAAAGUAUACAAGAAAUUCGUGAAUUAGAAAAAGAGAACAAUAAGGAAUAUAAAAAAAUAAAAAUAUAUCGAGGAAAAUUUUCACAUUUAAUAAACGGGAGGAGGACCGAAAUUUUGGCUCACGAAAAUGAACAUGUUCCAGAUGACCUAAAAAACGACAUAGAAACAAGUAAGAAGGUAUCAUUCAAUUCAGAAGAGCAGUACAGAAAAUUGUUAGAAUAUGUUAAAAAAAAUGAGAGUUCAUAUAGCAAUGACGACACAAACAAUUUGACUCUGGAAAUUUACAAAAAAUUAGAAAAUGUCAAGAGAAAUUUUUCAAUCAAUAUUCCAGAAUCAGAGCAGUUACUAGAAAUAGAAAAUAAGUUUGCAUCUGUUAAAGCUAUUAUUAAUGGAAUAAAAGUAGAUAACAAUGUAGAGAAAUAUGUCGAAGUAGUGUAUAAAAGUAUUGAACGUGAAAAAGAAAAUUUAACAGACUUGACAAGCAGUGAACAAAUAAAAGAAGCUGUAAAAAAUGUUACACAUUAUAACGAUGAAACGAAAAAUAAAUUGUCCAGAAUUUAA